UUCACUCACUAAAAUGGGUGGGUUGGUUUGGGUUUCUCUUCAUGAGAUGCUCAUUUGAGCAAGCAAUGUUCGGAAGUGGGAAGUAUUUAAUAUCAUGUACGACUUUUUUCUAUUGUUAUAAACAUUGAGAAGAAGGAAAAGAAAAAAAAAAAAGAGGUGGGUUUCAUUGUCAUAUGCCCACUUCACGUGAAUCUAAUGCGUUCGAGAUUGUGGUCUACAUUAUUUGCUUAUGGAUACAUAUCAAUUUACGUGUCGUAUGAUUCAAGCCUUUAAUCAUCCCCACGCCAUGCACGUCUUCUAGAUUUUAUUUUCUACCACGAUUCCACCACAACAUUUAACACUGUUGUAAAUUCAAAUAUUUUUACGUGUUAUUGUGGAAAAUUAUUUGUUUUUGAUGGUUAGAGAGUCUUAGUGGAGAAAAAAAUGAAGGGUACAACACGUUCACUUCUUCCUCAAUUUAGACCCAUAUGUGAUCUGUCGUCUCGUCGCCAAGUUUUUCUUUCUUCUUUUUUGUGUGACUGUCGUCUUUUAAACUUCAUUGAAUUCAAUUUAAAAAAAAGUCUCAACGCCCCAAAUGAAAAAGGAACUUCUCUUUUAUUAGUUUGGUGACUGAAUCGGUGAAAUAAAAACCACAACACAAGUUUGGUCCUUUUUGUCUCUCCAGAUCCCUAGACCCUAGGAUUCCUUCUUCUUCGUCCUCCUCGUGACUCUGUUUUGAAUUUUUUCUUUAGGGUUUUAGUUGUCGGCGUUGGUUUUUUUAGCGAGAAUUUGAUUUCGGGUUUUGGAAAUUAUGGGUGAUUGGGCUCAGCUUGCUCAGUCUGUGAUCUUAGGUUUGAUCUUCUCUUACCUUCUGGCCAAGCUGAUCUCGAUCGUUGUUACGUUUAAAGAAGACAAUCUCUCGCUUACUCGUCACCCGGAGGAGCCUCAAUUGGAGAUUAAACCGGUAGGGGUUGACUCGCGACGUCUCGAAUUAUCUAGUGGCGGCGGUGGUGAGGCGGAUUCGCUUGUGGCGGAGCAAGGUAGCUCUAGAAGUGACAGCGUUGCUGGGGACGACAGCGAGGAAGACGAUGAUUGGGAAGGCGUCGAGAGCACGGAACUCGAUGAGGCUUUCAGCGCCGCCACUCUUUUCGUGACUACCGCCGCUUCAGAUCGGCUUUCGCAGAAGGUGCCUAGCGAUGUGCAGCAGCAGCUUUACGGAUUGUAUAAAAUUGCUACGGAAGGGCCGUGUACUGCUCCUCAGCCUUCAGCUCUCAAGAUGACUGCUCGUGCCAAGUGGCAAGCAUGGCAGAAGCUGGGGGCUAUGCCUCCUGAAGAAGCGAUGGAAAAGUAUAUUGAGAUUGUCACUCGGCUUUAUCCAACUUGGUUAGACGGUGGCGUGAAAGCUGGAAAUGGGGGUGGGGAUGAUGCAGCCUCCAACUCAAGAGAAACCAUGGGACCAGUUUUUAGCUCAUUGGUUUACGAAGAGGAAACUGAAAAUGAGUUGAAGAUUGAUGCUAUCCAUGCAUUUGCUAGAGAAGGAGAAGUCGAUAAUUUGCUGAAAAGCAUUGAGAGUGGCAUUCCUGUAAAUGCAAGGGACAGUGAAGGUCGCACACCAUUGCAUUGGGCUAUUGACCGUGGCCACCUCAACAUCGCCGAAGUUCUGGUCGAUAAGAACGCCGACGUGAAUGCUAAGGACAAUGAAGGCCAAACCCCUUUGCAUUAUGCUGUUGUAUGCGACAGAGAAGCCAUCGCUGAGUUUCUGGUGAAGAAGAAAGCCAAUACAGCGGCUAAAGAUGAGGAUGGAAACUCCCCGUUGGAUCUCUGUGAAUCAGACUGGCCCUGGAUCCGAGAUACUGCAAAGCAGACAGACUAAACAAAUACUAACUACGUCUUCUCUAAUUCCGCAAUGUAUAUGAUCAAGUGACUUAGUAAGAAGCUUUCCUUUGCGUUAAAACUUUUAUCUCAUCAUCGCCUACCAAAUCGUCUCUACACUAAAUCACUUGGAUGUUUCGAAGUCUUUGGUUCUUUAAUUUCUUCUUCCUUUGCAAAAAUCUUUUGUUCCUUCAGGCUUUGUAACAUUGUAACCGGUUUUAUUGGUUUGCUAUAUAUACACACCUAUAUAUAUA